UUGGUGUAUAUACCUUGUAAGACAAGCAUCUCACAAGGUAUAUACUGUGAGAUAUUAUAACCAUGACCACGGGAAAACGCUAAACACGUAGCGGGUCAAUUAGAACCAGUGGGGAACGGGAGACAGACUUGAUCCGAGGAAGCGAAGAGUAGCUCUAAUUCCUUGAAUCAAGAAUCCUUCAUCAGUGUCAAGGCAGCGUCCUACAAGAGUCAUCAAGGUUGCUCUACACCUGUAUACAUUCAAAAAUAGCUUUAAUCUCUAAAAUAUAAAUCAAUGUAAACUCUUAGUUUAUAUACAUUGAUAUACACCUUUCAGUGUAUAUACCUUAUCAGAAGCACUAUGAAUUCUUUAUAAUAUAUAAACUAUAUCGUAGAUAGUUAGCAAACUCGCAUGACUACAUAUAACGUUACAUAACAGGUGAUAUAUACAUCGAGAGAUGUAUAUCUCUUAGUGUAUAUACACUGGAAGUUUACCCUGAUCCCUAAUUUAAAGAUUAAAGUAUUCUCAGAUGGCGGGUAAGAGGUUAAAGGUAGCCUUAUUGACCCUCUUAAGUGGUUGAUAGUCUUAGUACACUUGACCUAGCAGACUGGAGCAGACUGACCCGGUCAUCGGUCAAGUGUAUACAACCUCUCAUACACUCGACCCUCAUGAGUUUACUCAAGGGUGAGGUGAAGGAAUGUGAGAGGGAGAGUGAAGCCAGGGUGUGGUAUCCACCUCCCGACACAUUGGGAAGGUCCUACCUGCUCUCACUACCUAAUUACUCCCUGGACACCUGGCAGGAACUCUGUAUUGAUCCCCGUGAUCCCACAACCUUCCCAGAGUAUAAAACUGGGGAGUAUGGCGUCCCAGAAGCUCAGAGAAAUCCUUUAAAUCCGCAGAUACAAGUGCAGGCUGGGUCAAGUGGCUUUCACGACUCUGGAAAUCUUCCACAAUCCUCUCUAGAAGCGCAUCUAGUAGCAACUCAACCCCAACCCUCAAGUUAUAUACAAAUGCCUCUAAACUAUAUACAGCCUCAGAUAACUUCACAUUCGGGCAUAAUACAACUAGAAAGCUUCAGAAAUACUGAGGUAAGCAGUGUUCAGCACCCGAGGCUCCUCAGACUGGGUCUCCCACACACGCUGCUGGAUCUUCCUCACAACGAGCAACCACAAGAACUUGGAGUGACUGAGUCACAUCUCGGAGCACACGACCUGCCUGCCUCUGAUCUAAAUACACACCUCCGGGUCGGUCUUCUUGACCUGGUCUAUGACAAACCCAACAACAGGACACCACACCACCUUCUUCGUUGGUUCGGAACCAUAUACACCAUGUUGUUGGAGGUGCUGUUUUACAUGCAGUCGCUGUUCGUCGCUCCGUGUGCUAUCUGUUGCUGGGCUGUCUGCUUCGGCUGUCUUACCUUCAUGAAUGUGUGGGUGCUGACGCCGGUGAUGUCAGUUUUGGAGAAUGUGUGUAGGAUGUUGGAGAUGGUGAUGGAGGUGGUGUGUUGGGGCUGUGUCUCUCCUGUGGCCAAAAACUGCGGCCUUAUCCUCUCCAGGAUCCAUAUCACUCAUGUUCGCAUCCGUCCAACGAUCGCUAGGCACUUCUUCCACAGAGACUGGGAUUAGGAGGGGAAGUGAGAUUCCAAUCACUUACUCGAAUUUAUGUGGGUGAAGUCUAGCACUUGGUCUUCAAAUUAGCAUGGAUAAUGCUGAUGUGUGGAUUAGUAAUAGUGGAUUGCAGUUUGCUUCGUCGACCAGGAUUUAUGAGUGUUUGUCAGAACGUGUUAAUAACUGGUCUUGACUGGUGGUGUUGCAUUGGUAGUUGUUAAUUAAUAGGUGUGAGUGUAUGAGUCAAUUAGUGGCUAUGGACUGCUAAGAAUGGAUUAACAAUGAUUGUCAUUUAUUUUGAGUUAACGUAAAAAUACCAUAUAACAAAAUGCUUGAAAUAACAUAAUUACACCAUGACUGAAUUUACAUGACAAGAUUAACCCAUUCGAGGAAUUGUCUAUAGAUUAAUGAGGCUUCUAUAAGGUUGGUUUCUAUAACGUAUAACCUUAUAGUUAUGCUCAAGACUAUUGUAUAUUGUUAUGAUCAAGAUCCCAGUGGAUAUAAAUCACAUUGACUAUUGGAGUAUCCUAAGUCGAGUCUACUAUAUUUGCUACAUAUGUCUGCGUAUAACAUAUAUGUGUUAAAAAUGGUAUAUAAUUUUCAACACAUAUAUGUGGUCAUCCCUCAGUCCCAGGCUGAGGGACUGACCAUCUAGAAUACUUUUCCUCCAAGGUUGAUGAACUGAUUACAUCAUCUUUAUUUUACUACUACACCUAUUCCUUCUGCAUUUGACUGAAGAAGCUUACUGUGCAGGUGAAACGUUUCAUCAAUAAAUAUACCCAAUUGUUGCACAAGUGUCUUAAUCUAUAAUAUAUAUGUGCCCUCAA